AUGUCGUUUAUGCACAAUGGGCCCACGUCCAUGUUAAAGGACGGCUCGACUUUUGUUGACGAUCCUGUUAUCAAGAACAUUGAAGCCUGUCGUGAACUUGCCAAAAUCACUCGCAGUUCCAUGGGCCCGUACGGGCUCUGCAAGAUGGUUAUAAAUCAUCUUAAUAAACUUUUCGUCACUCACGACGCUGCAACCAUUCUUCGUGAGCUGGAGGUUGAGCACCCUGCAGCCAAGUUGUUGGUACAAGCUUCUUAUGCGAUGCAGGAAGAAGUUGGUGAUGGUACGAAUCUCGUCGUUUCCCUGGCUGGGGAACUGCUCUCGCAAGCCGAAACACUUGUACGAAUGGGACUCCAUCCAAGUGAAAUUGUGGAGGGAUACAAAAAGGCGGGAAGCAAGAGCCUGGAAAUUCUCGAAACCCUUACCGUUGGUACAGUGGAUGAUGUGCUGCUCAAGGAUCAGGUGGUCGCGGCCAUCCGUACUGCCAUUGCCUCAAAGCAGUAUGGGUAUGAAAAGUUCUUGGCGGAUCUGGUCGUUGAAGCCUGUAUCAACGCUUGCCCCUCCAAUGUACGGUCUUUCAACGUAGACAACGUGCGUGUGGCGAAGUUAGAUGGUGACUCUGUGUUGGCGUCCAGGAGUGUCCGUGGAUUCGUAAUUGCGCGAAAUCCCGAGGGAACGGUGCGUCAUCAGAAGAAUGCAAAGGUUGCCGUUUACGGUUGCGCAGUUGAUGUCCCAUCGACCGAAACGAAAGGAACAGCACUGAUUGAGACUGCAGAGGACCUUCUUCAAUAUUCUAAAAAAGAGGAAGAAGUGAUGGAAAAAAUCAUUACUAACAUUCAUAAAACGGGUGUGAACGUCGUGGUUUCUAAUUCCACGUUUGGUGAUCUCGCGCUGCAUUUCCUAAACCGUUAUGGUAUUAUGGCAGUGAAAGUCUCAUCCAAGUUUGAGCUUCGCCGACUGUGCUCUGCUGUGGGCGCGCGAACCCUCGCUCGCCUCGAUACGCCUACCGUGGAGGACAUUGGAUCGUGUGACAAUGUUGAUGUGAGCGAUGCGGGGGGGAAGAAUAUCAUCUCAUUUGUUCAAAACAAGGACGACUCUAAGUUAUCUACUAUCGUCGUUCGCGGAGCAACAAAAAAUGUUUUGGAUGAUGUUGAGCGUGCAAUCGAUGAUGGCGUUAACGUCUUCAAGGCUCUCACAAAGGACAAGAGACUUGUAGCCGGUGCAGGCGCUGUGGAGAUGGAACUUCAGAAGAAGCUCACAUUAUAUGCUGAAGCCAGUCCUGGCCUCGAUCAAUACGCCAUUCGAAAAUUUGCAUCUAGCUUCGAAGUUGUCGCCCGAACGUUGGCUGAAGUUAGCGGCUUCAAUGGAACAGAUGUCGUCACACAGUUGGAGGUUGACCACAACGCUGGCAAGAUCCAUCAGGGUGUCAACGUCGAAGAUGGUACCACAAUCAAUGCGCUGGAAGCUGGUAUUGUAGAACCGCACCUCACAAAGUUCUGGGCAAUUAAUCUCGCAACAGAAGCCGUCUUGACAGUGCUUCGGGUGAAUCAAAUCAUUGUUGCCAAGCAAGCUGGUGGCCCAAAGAACCGUCCAGACCAAGCCAGAGAUGAAGAAUAG